AUGUGGAGAGGACUUUGCUCUCAGUGCCACACUGAAUAUAACUCCAGUGUGUACAUCAACAACACCCUGUCCUGCGACCCGUCUGCCAAGAUUGCGGAGGUCGCAAAUCUUGCGUUCAGCGCCGGUGUUUCGCCGCAGCGUUGCCUGGGCUUUAACCGCUGUGAGUCGAGCACAUGUACCCGGGCCAUAGCAGGAAGUACGGGCGCCCUGUCUUUUACCUAUGGUGCAGUGUCAGGCGACGGGCUUGUGUACACGGUCUGUACAGAACCUGAUAUCGACGAGUGCCGGAGUGCCAAUGGUGACUGUGACCAGAUUUGCCACAACACAGUUGGAUCGUACCACUGUUCAUGUAGGGAGGGAUAUCAGCUAAGCGGGAACACCACUUGCACAGAUAUUGACGAGUGUUCGGUGAGCAAUGGCGGCUGUCAGCAGAUCUGUGUGAACACUGAAGGGAGCUACAACUGCUCGUGCCUGGCCGGCUGGGAAGUCUUUGACGUUACGCACUGUAUUGAUACUAACGAGUGCCUGAUAAACAACGGCGGCUGUCAGCAGGACUGUGUGAAGACCCCGGGGAGCUACUACUGCACCUGUAGGGAAGGGUUCCAGUCCGUGGGAACUCACAACUGUUCAGAUAUUGACGAGUGUAGCUUUCUAAAGGAGUGCCACUUCUGUACCAACAACAUCGGGUCCUACUCCUGCACAUGCCGGUCUGGGUACACCCUCGUUAAUGGAGAAUGUAGAGACAGUGACCUGUACCCUUAUGGAGCGGCAGUGGGCAAGGAAAGCCAGCAGUGGGACUUUACUUACUGUAAGAAGGAAGAACUACCGCUAGAGGGAUUGCGAUUCUUUGACAGAAGAUGUUACCGUGUUUACGUGUGUGAUAACGGCAUCGUGUCAUUUGACCCCAUCCCGCGUCCCACGCGACCACACCUUCUGACCAACAGUGUGUGGGGAGGGAAGGCUGUCAUCGCACCGUUCCAGGCUCAGUCUCAGUCCUACGUCACAGGCGUCCCAGAGCACAAACGUACCAAGAUCUACAUCGAGAUGUACGAGAAGGGCGACGAUAAUGUACAUUCACCCGAGGUUCUUCGUCGUGCAAGGGACGACGGAAGGUCCAUUAAAGACUUCUACCUUCCUUACUACGAACCAGCAUGGGUAACUGUUAUAACAUGGGUUAACAUUGCGCCUUCCUGUAGCCUGUACUCUCAUGGAGUGUGCCCUGUACCACUCGCUAACCUGCCGGUAAACAGCUUCCAGCUGAUGCUGACCUCGGAUGGAACGUAUUCGUUUGCUUUGUUCAUCUACCCUGCACGGAAGAUCGAGUGGAUAAGCCCUGAUGAGCUUUUAGGGACAUCCGCCCCCCUCAGCCUUAUAGCUGUGGCAGGAUACAAUGCCGGGGACGGAGAUGGUGUACCUGAUCAUUCACUGGACAUGGACGGAUCGGGAACUACAAUGAUGAGACGGGUUUGGCUACAAAACUCAGGACGCUGGGGCUUUGCUCUUCAGGAACAAGUAAGCACUGAUAUUCCGCAACCAGCCGUCUUACAAUGCUCUAUGUGGAUCCGGGCACAAGGGGAAGACAAGGCCUACGGCGUGUUGCAGGGGACAUACGACCGGGUGAAAGGCUACAGUGCCUGUCCCUGCACAGCCGAGCAAGCAUUUUAUGACGAAACGUACUCCUAUCAAGUGAACAGCGAUGAGGAAUGCGCUCAGAGCUUACCAUUUUACAGUUUUGUCCAUCUGUCAACCGAGUACGCUAUCCGGCGGACAUGCUGCUACACUCCGUCCCACUUUUACUGGCGAGUUUUUGGAUCAUUUGGGCAGACAAAGGUUGGAGGAGGACGAUUACUGACAGGACAACAGGGUGGUCACAUUAUAGUGAAUGACCGUAGUGAUGAUGAGGAGGCCCACUCUAGGUGCUGUGUUGAAUUGUCAGGAGUUCGGGAUGAUUACUACUGCAGGAAGUUUACCGAACAGAGGCCACUGUCUCUACCGAGUAUUGGAGGAAAUCCUUGCAGAAACUACCCAAGUCAGCUAGUUUGGGUUAUUGGAGCCUGGGGAGAUCCACACAUAACUACGUUAGAUGGAGUCCGCUACGCCUUUAACGGACUGGGGGAAUACGUUGUCUUGGAUGUAGACGGGGUAUACAUGAUUCAAGGGAGGACUGCCUUAGCAAAAGGUAGCAGUCGGGCAACAGUGUUUAGCGCCAUUGCUACCAGGCAAACCAACCAUUCGGCAAUACAAGUCAACCUCAUAGGAGAAAGUGGUUUAAAACUGUUUGUCAACAACUCAGAAGUAGACCUACCAGUUUUGAGUGAAAUUGUUGUCGACAACAGCGCUAUUGUUGUGCGGAAGGAGGAAAACUCGAUGCUAAUGGCUUUCUACAGUGGUAUCACGGUUAAAGUGGUGGCACAGAAGGCAAUGUUGUUGAUUGAGGUCUCAGCACCGCCAGAGCUCAAGAACAAAACGCGUGGGUUGAUGGGAAGGUGGGACGAUGACACAACUGACGAUUAUGAGUUCUUCAACGGCACAGUUUUACCUGCAGAUGCAUCGGAGGAGGACCUGUAUCACAUGGGCACUACAUCCCAGACGUCGGUGGACUUCGGCUGA